AUGACUAUACCAGAACAAAAGCGCUACCUCAAAAUCUCCUUCUUCCUCAAAAAGCAACCACACCUCAGCGACGAGCAGUUCCAUCAACACUGGAAAGGCCCACAUGCCGACAUUGCCCUGCGGAACAAGACCUUCGUGGCCAAGACGCGCAAGUACAAUCAAGUCCAUAUCACCCCUACUCUGAAGCAGCAAGCAGCCACCUUUGGGGCUCCAGUCACUGACUAUGAUGGGAUCGCGGAAGUCUGGGUCGAUAGUAUGGAGGAUUGGAUGGAGGUGGCUUCCGAUCCGGAGUUUGCUAAGGAUGUUGGUGCCGACGAGGCUCUCUUCAUUCUUGCUCCUAUCCAGGUGCAGCUGAGCUAUGAUUAUUUGGUUAUCCCUGAGAAGGCUAGGUUGUAG